AUGGCACGGACCGAGAGGCCGGCGCGGGACCGCGCCGUGUUCCGUCCUCUCGUGCGUGGGGUCGCGCCGAGUCGGAACCGACAGGAUGGCACCUGCCAGCAGCAAAGGGAAGCCGGGGAAGGACGAGGAGCGCCGCGGGGGCGUCAGGUCUGCGUGUGCCGAGGCCAGCGCGGAGUCCCCAAGCCGGGGCAGGCAGCGUUCCCAGCCCGCUUCCGGGGAGAGGGGUCACCCCCGUCUCACCCUGACCCCCACAUCCCGGGAACGACGCCCCGGGGGGCGUUACACAGCAGGUGGUGGGAGCGGGGCCGCAGCGGCCUAUUCCUACGACUAGGCUACUGGGGGCCUCCUUGCCCUAACUUUCCGGCUGUCUCGGCCACUCGCCUGCCUUCUCCGGGGCCCAACUCUGCGCGUCGCAACCAUCCACCCGGGGGAUCCCCGAGCCGCGCCAGGUCCCCAGGAGAUGGGAAUUUCAUGACGCUCCCUGCCCGGGCCUCGGAGCGGGCGGGGGAGAGCGGCAAGGGGCGGUCGCUGAAGAAGGACGACGAGGCCGUCGGGAUCCCCAUCCCCUUCGAGCAGACGGCCCACCUAGACCCGCAGCUCUUCUACAGUCUGAGCCCCUCUGGGGGCAACUUGGAGGAGCCCCCCGAGGCCGCGUCGCCGGCGCUGGCCCUGAUGAGUGGCGUCAAGGCCCAGCUGCACAUGGCCCUGGAGAGAAACUCCUGGCUGCAGAAGCGCAUCGAGGACCUGGAGGAGGAGAGGGACUUCCUGCGGUGCCAGCUGGACAAGUUCAUCUCCUCGGCUCGCAUGGACGCAGAGGACCACUGCCGGGUGAAGCCCGGGCCGCGGAGGGCAGAGGGUGACAGCCGGGCUGGGGCUGAGGCCUCGGACCCCGAGUCGGCGGCCUCCUCCCUCAGUGCAGGCUCUGAAGAAGGCAGCUCCAGCGAGAGGCGGAGGCAGAGACAGAAGGCAGGCGCCGGCCGCAGGCGCUUUGGGAAGCCCAAGGCACGGGAGAGGCAACGGGUGAAGGACGCCGACGGCGUCCUCUGCCGCUACAAGAAGAUCCUAGGCACCUUCCAGAAGCUCAAGAGCAUGUCGCGGGCCUUCGAGCACCACCGCGUGGACCGCAACACGGUGGCGCUGACCACGCCCAUAGCCGAGCUGCUGAUCGUGGCGCCCGAGAAGCUGGCCGAGGUGGGCGAGUUCGACCCCUCCAAGGAGCGCCUGCUCGAGUACUCACGCCGCUGCUUCCUGGCCCUGGACGAGGAGACGCUCAAGAAAGUGCAGGCCCUGAAGAAAAGCAAGCUGCUGCUGCCCAUCACCUACCGCUUCAAGCGGUGAUCGCCCGCCCCGGACGCGCGCGGAGCCGGAGCCUCCCCGCCCCCUGG